AUGAGUUUUGAUGAGGGUUUUUUUAUUGACAAUCUUGAAAGUUUUCCCUGCAUUUGGGAUACAAAAUUAAAGGAACAUAAAGACAAAGUGUUUGUGGAAAAUGCUUGGAAGACUAUAGCCCUUAUUAUGGAAAUUCCAGUAAACGAAUGUCAAGACCUUUGGAAAAGUUUAAGGGCUAAAUAUGUCAGGGAAAGGAAAAUGAUUAAAAACAUGCCUUCUGGGUCUGCAGCCUACACCGGUUUUUGGGAACAUUUUAAAAGGAUGGGAUUUUUAUCAAGUCACAUCCAAAUUCGGAGAACAAAGGGUAACAUAUUAAAAAAAUGUCACCCUGCAGGCACUAUUGCUGGGCCUUCUAGUGAGUGUGUGGAAACAUUGGUGGUGGACGAUUUUGGGUCGUUUUUAAAUAAAUCCACUGAUGAUGAUGAAUACAAUAAUGAAUCACAGAUAGAAGAUGCAUCAUAUGAAUUGACUGAAAGUGAAGACAUUCUGCAGUCAACUGAGGAGUCAGACACAACUCGUCCUUCCUCAAGUCACGUAACGGUAGAGGAGGAAAAUUCACUUCUCAGGAGAGAAAGAAAUAAGAAGGGUUUUAAAAGGAAAAGAACUGUGCAAAACCCUGGUGUUGAUGAACUGUUAGAAACUUGUACGAACAUUGGACAAAACUUGAAAAAUUAUAUUCAUGAAAACAACAGCAAUGAAUCUGAAAAAGAUUUUUUUUUUUUAAGUUUAAGAGAGUCAUUUUUAAAAAUUAAGAGUGAGAAGAAAAAGUUACUCCUCAAAGCUAAAAUAUUAACAAUGAUAGCUGAAGAGAUUGAUGAUGAUGAUGAAUAG